CUCGAAGGUCCACCAAAGUGUGUGAUUCCCCACGCAACAGCAGACGUCGAUGGUGUGCAUCCGCAAUGCCACGGUGCCGGACUUGCUUGCAAUGCAGAACGCCAACCUGUGGUGCUUGCCUGAAAACUACCAGAUGAAGUACUACUACUACCACAUUAUGUCGUGGCCGCAAUUGCUGUACGUGGCGGAAGACCACCACGGAAAGAUUGUAGGAUACGUGUUGGCCAAGAUGGAAGAAGAUGCGACCGUGCCGCAUGGCCACAUCACGUCCCUUGCUGUGUUGCGCACGCAUCGCAAGUGCGGGAUCGCGACCAAGCUCAUGAAGGCCGCUCAACGUGCGAUGGUUGAAAACUUCAAGGCCGAGUAUGUAUCUCUCCACGUACGUGAAGGCAACGCGGCGGCGUUCCAUCUGUACCGCAAAACCCUCGAGUACCAAGUGUACGACAUCGAGAAGGGGUACUACGCCGACGGCGAAGACGCAUACGACAUGCGAUUGCCGUUCACGGAAAAGUGCCACACUGCCAUGUCGGCCAAUGUUGCCAAGUGGAACGCGUAUUUGGCUGAACAAGGCAAGUAGACCAGGCAAUUACAUACGAAUGGACGAACCAUCUUACGAAUGCACGAUCGACAUUGCAUUCGCAUUCACGAGUAGUUGCCAUGAGUGUGCCAGUUCAGGACUCCCUUGCAGACGAACACAGUCCCAGUCAACGGCAAUCCGAUCCAGCUAGAACAUGGAGACAUUGUGAACUAUUUCCGCCCCUCUCUGCACAUCCCAUGGUUUGAUUUCGGGCUUCGAUUGCCCCGGUUAAGAUGGA